AUGAUGAUGUUUUGGAAGCUUAUGUUCAUACUUGCUGUGUUUACCGCCACAACGCAGGCGGACUGUCCAAUGAGUCAAAAUCCCAAAGCUGUGAUUGAGUGUUUACGUUACAUAACGUCGGGUCUUUAUGGAGCUGUAACGAAAGAUUUGAAAAUAAUUUGUUCGAUUGCGUCUGAUAUUGCUAUAUGUGCAAGACGGGAAUUGGGCGAUUGUGUCGCAGCAGAAGUUGGCAGAAAAGCGCUUGACGAAAUUAGAGAUUUAGCCGAUAACUGCUGUCCAGAUAGAAACCGUCCGCGAUGUCCUAUUAGAGAUUCAAUAAUAAACGAACAGCGUUGUUUUGCAGCUGACUCUCUUGUCACCUUGCCCAAUGGUCAGCACAAGUCCAUUACACAACUACAAUCAGGUGACACAAUUCUCGCCUACGACGAUAAAACAAAACAACUCAUCCACACACAUCUCAUCACCAUGCUCGAUUUCCAGCUACAUCGGUUCGCCUUAUUCAAGCAGCUCACAACUUUCUCUGGUCGACAACUAUCACUCACUUCAUCUCAUCUUCUUCCAACCAGUGAGCAAACCUAUGUCAUGGCCAAGAAUCUUCGCAUUGGCAUGAACAUCUAUGUCAUGAAUGACGAAGGUGUGCUGAUGAGUGAAACAAUAACGAAUAUAACAGAUGUUGUGAAACAAGGAUACGUUGCUCCACUGACUGCAGAAGGUACACUGAUAGUGAACAACAUCGCCAGUUCGUGUUAUGCAACAAUCAACAGUCAUCAUGUUGCUCAUGCUGCAGUGGCGCCGAUGCGAUGGUGGUAUCGUUUAUUCGGAAUGUCGUGGAAGGGAUCGAAAGAAGGUGAAGGAAUACACUGGUUUGCAAAGAUGUUGUAUGAAAUAGCUGUAUUCAUUGUUCCAUCAAUCAUACACUAUUGA